AUUUAAUCGAGUAAAAAGGCAAGGGCUACAUCCCUGAACCUUACACUUAGCUAUCCAUCCGAUCAAGGCCUCCAACUUCUGCACCGACUGGAAUCACUCCGUUAUCCACACUGAAGUGAAGCAGCAACAAUAGGUACUAAAACAUAACCAUGCAGUCCAUCCUGCAGAACACCACAGGCCUCGGGCCCAAGCCCGUCCAACCCGACAACCUCAACGGGCGAGUAGCCGUAGUGGUGGGCGGGGCGUUCGGAAUCGGCUUUGAGAUCUCUCGGGCUCUAGCGAACGCGGGCUGCCGGGUGAUCAUGGUCAACCGCAAGGAAGAGCAAGGGACCGACGCGCGAGAAACCAUCAAGUCUGAAUCUCCAGAUGCGUCAGUCGAGUGGCGCGAGUGCGACAUGGGCCACCUGGCGCAGGUGCGCGACGUCUUCAGCCAGCUCCGCGAGAGCCUCGACCGGCUCGAUUUCCUCGUCCUCUGCGCGGGCAUCAACACCAACGAGUUCGGCCUCGACGCCGACGGCAUCGACCGACAUUUUGGGGUCAAUUUCCUGGGCCAGUUUUAUGUCGUCAACCAGCUGUGGCCGGUCCUGAGGAAGACGUCCAAGAUGCCGGGCACCCCCGCGCCGAGGGUCGUGUUCGAGUCGUCUGAGAUGCACCGCACCGCGCCGAAUAAUGUGCAUUUUGCCAGUUUGGAGGAGAUCAACGAUUCUAGCAUCGGCCCGACGGAGCUGUAUGGGCGUACCAAGUUGGCGAUGAUACUGUUUGCCAAGUACGGCUUGGCUGGGAAGGUGAUCAAGGAGAAUCAGGACAAUAUAUAUGCCAUGUCGGUGCAUCCAGGGGCGGUCAACACGGCGAUGCAGCAGCAGUGGAAGGACGCCUACCCAGGCUUGACAGGGAAGCUGCUCACUUGGGCCAUGCUCGCCUUCGGGCGAGAUGUCAAGCAGGGGUCGUACAGCGCCCUGUGGGCUCUUACGGAUCCCAAAAUUGAGGAGCAGAACAUGAAUGGCUUCUACUUUAGCGACCCUGAUCAGCCAGGAAAGGAGUCGGCGCAGGCAUCCGAUGAGAAACUGGGCUCUGCGCUCUGGGACCUUGCUCACCGUAUAGUCAAAGACAAGCUUGGAGAGCAGGCGCUGGUGGACUGGAAGUCCUGUGCUUGAAGAUUUCUAAGAGGUUGAUGUGGGGUGAGGAGAGCAUAUGCCUGACGAUUAUGUAAAGAGCGUUCACACAACUACAAUUAGAGUCAAAGACCUUGAGACAUGAUAAUAGACGGC